AUGCCAGCCUGGAUGCGUCCCCAGGUGGCCCGCGCCUGGCCUCCGCCUGCGUCCCCCUCCCUGUCUGAGAACUCUGCGUUCAUGCGCCUGACGCUACUCGAACACAAGGACCCCCAGACAGUGCGGGACUUGAGCAUUGGGGACAUUAUGCGCUCCCGUCACGAUAAGAGCGGCUCGUCGCUGCUCGUCCCAGGUGGCUAUCUCAUCGGACGUCGCUCUAGUGACGGUCUUCCCUCGGCGUUCAACUCGCGCGUUCUCUCCCGCACCCAUGCUCAGCUCGUGGUGGACACCAAGGGCCAUGUUUUCCUCGUCGAUCUCGGAAGCAUGCACGGCACGCACAUCGAGCCCGCCAACGGCGCCCCUAUCAAACUCAAGGCCCGCGCGCCAGUUCAAGUGCUCAAUGGCGACACCCUCAUCUUCGGCAAGGCUGUCGACUCGAAGAGCGAGCACCACCAGCCCGUUCGCGUGUGCAUCUCGUUCCGUUACAAUGAGAGUGGACCUCGUGACGCAACCCGCAAGGCGAUCACGAACCCUGAAUUCGCCACCAGCAAGGACAUUGGCAAGGUUGACGUUGCGCUCAACGGCAACCAGAACAACAGCAUCGAUGUCAGUGCCUUGAACAAGGCCUUUUCCAAGGGUCUCAAAGGCUACGGUAUCGAGCAGUCGGCUCUCUACGAGUCUGAGCCUGAAGAGCACCUUCCUCGCACCCAGUUCCCUCUUGGUGGCUCUGGCCUUGCUCAAAUGCCCCCUUCCGGCCAGGUUGUUCCUUCUAGCGACAGCGAGGACGAGGAUGACGAUGUCAUCGAGAUUGCCCCACCUCCCGUCUCCCUUCACGACGAUGAUAUCAUUGUCAUUUCAAAGCCCAUCUCCGUGCGUUCCACCUCGGUCGCUUCCGACGAGGACAACGCGCCUGUCGCUUCCAGCCAGCCCGAGGCAGACAAGGCUGUUGGAGCCGAAGCCCUUCUCCUGGAGGAGCCCAUCUUGGACUGUCCUUCCAGGUCCCUCUCGUCCUCUGUUGAACGUGGUCUGUCCGAUCAGGAGGAUAUCAUUAUCAACGAGGAGGACGCUGCAGGCGAGGACGACGACAUGCAGUCUCCCCAGUACGACCCGUUCGACAACCCCUUCGGUAUCUGGCCCGACGACCUUGCCAUCGCUGAGGCUGAGGCUCAGGCCGCGGCCGAGAUGGACGACGACGAAUUCGACGAUGAAAGCGAGGCGUCGUACAGUGGCCGCGAGAGCGACUGGCACUCGGGCUAUGAGGACGAGGAGGAAGAGGCCAACGCUGAACACGACCAGACGGCGCCGCUCGAUAUCAGCUCGGAAGACGAGGAAGACGCCGAGGCUGACCCCGACGCCGUCAGUUCCGAGUAUGCUUCUUCGGAGGAGGCCGAGGAGGGUAAGGAUCCUCUCGAUGUCCUCUCGGACGGCUGGGGCGAGGAUGCCGAGGACGACUCUGAGGGCCACGACAGCAGCAGCAGCCUCGACGACGAGGACAUGGACGACGAGGAUGCCGAUGGCGAGGACAUUGAAGACGAGGACGAGGCCCCCGCCCUUGACGCCUCGAUCCGUCAGAACCUCAAUGCCCUCACCUUUGACGUUUUCCUCCGCAACAUUGUCUACCUCGCUACCGACGACUCUGACGUCGACGACCAGUCCGAAGCUCCAUCGGAGGAGCCCGUCCACGAGCCUACCCAGGAAGCUCAGCCCGCCCCACAGGCGUCGGCUGCGUGCACGACCCGCCCUGUUCUCGAGGCCAUGUCGCCUGUUUUCGAUUUUGCGCCUCAGCCAAACAUGAUGGCUCUGGGCCGUAUCAUGUCCGACUUCCCUCAAUCCGUCAACUCGAUGCCCCCCUCGCCCCCUCUCUCGAGCGGCACCCCAGAGGCCGAGUCCAAGCCCGAGGAAUCGGCUCCGCUUCCCGUCGGACUCGCCACCCCUCCUUCUCCGCGCAAGCGCAAGUUCUCCGACUUUGACGAGGCCACGCCCUCCACGCCCGAGCCUGUGCGCCAGGCUGCCGUCGAGGAGACCAAGGGCACGUCCGAGCUCCAGGUCACCGCCGCCUUUGUCCCCGCCACGCCCGCUCCCGUCCUCGUGGACGCUGGCACCCAGGCGCUUCCUUCCCCCGUUGCCACGCCUGAGCGUCCCUCCAAGAUCCGCCGCAUUGUCAGCGCCGUCAGCCUCGUGGCUCUCGGUGCCGCCAUCGGCAGUGCCGGUACCAUUGCUGGCCUGCUCCAGCUUGCCGACUAG